AAACCAAACCAAAAUCGCAAGUGCAACACAACCAGAAAACCAAAAGCUGACGACGACACGCAAGCGAAAGAUGUCCCGAGUCAAACGACCAUUUCUUAGUUAAUUCCAUCUCCUAGAAACUGAUCAGAUCGGAAGGCACUGGUAGUGCCAUUGUGCCAGGCACGAGCGCGAGCGCUCCACCUCCUAUAAAAACCGCGCCUUUCCUCUCGGAAAGGUUGGUCGCAAUUGGGUUCUCGAUUCGAGAGCGAGCCGUUUAGGCAUUCUGUCGAGCGGGUCGAGUGCAUGGAGGGGCUCAUCCCGUUCAUCUACAAGGCGAUCAAGGAGAGGAGGAGCAGGACGUACUCGCGGUGCAGCUCCGACGUGUCGGGGAUGAGGUUCGGGAGGGGUGAGCAGCGGGCGGAGGAGGAGGAGGGCGGCGAUCCCUGGGCGCAGAAGCCGUCGUGGGCGGCGGCGGCCGGCGGCGGCGCCGGGGAGAGGGAGAUGACGGCGCACCGCCGGCACCGGUCGCUGGAGGAGCUGGCCGGCGAGGUGGGCGCGUCGCCGCAGUGGCGGCAGGGCGGGCUGUCGAGGGGCAGGAGCGCCAGGAUCUUCUGCUGCAUCAACGGCAUGUGAUGUGAUGCAAGCUUUGGAUGCGUUCCAGGAAUCGGGACGAUGAAGUGGUACUAAUCCUAGUUCUUUGUGCUAGUAAUUUUUGUUCGUGUUUGGGUCGAAUUCAAGGUAAAAAGAUUCGGCGGUACAAAAUUUCUACGUAGUUCGUGCGAUGUGUAUUCCAACCGAUCGAAGUGUAUAUAUGCAUGGAUUUGUUGUUGUACUUUAAGAUGUAAAAAAAAGCCAGAAAAAAAUAAACUUCAAGAUGAAAAUAGACGGUGGUGGGCGUCAUGACGUGAUUGAAUUUAUCAUCCUGAUAUUAGAAGUCGACUGGUUAGUAUAUUACUGCUCC